AUGCCUCGUAAUUCUACUUAUAGACCAAAUCAAAUAAAUGUUCCUCCCAGGUCAGGUCACAGAAGAUCUAGGUCUCCACGAAGACAAUUCAGAAGGACGCCCUCACCACCAUUCAAUAGACGUACAGUAAAUGGUGGUAAUGAACGAAUACGCUCACCCAUUCGACCAAUUCGUAAUCGUUCACCAAGAAUUGCGCGUCGUUCUCCUUCUCCCCCAUUAAGAAUCCCUCGACGUUCACCUUCACCCAAACGAAUAACUCGACCACGACUACCUUCUGUAGAGCGACAACCUCGUAGGCACUCACCUACACCACCUAGACGUCGAUAUGGACGAAGAUCUAGAUCCAAGUCACCCCGUAGACCUUCACUAACCCGUAAUCGUCGCAAUGUUCCGGAUUCUCAUAGACCUCGACGUCUUUCAAGAUCUCCGCGACGAACAAAUAAGAAUCUUAUAAACGAUAAUAGCGAUACAAGACAAAUAAAUUUAAAACAUGAAAAGGUUGAGACAACCAAAGGAGUAAAUUUACCAAUUGUAAAUCAAUUAAAUCAAUCAAAAGAAUUAAGUGAUGAAGGACAGUUAUCACCGUCACCUCCAACCAUUAAAUCACUUGAAUCCGAUAUCAAUGAUAAUUUAUCAACAAUAAAUUCAUAUACUACAAUAAUUGAUUCUAUAAAUCACAUAAAUUUAGAAGGGAAAUCCACAGAAAUGUCACCGAAAUCAUUAUCAUCUCCUAAACUUUAUGAAUCAAUUUCAUCAAUUAAACCAAUAUCUAAUGCACGAAUUGAUAUGAUAGAUUUUAUUAUAAAAUGUUGCCUUCGUUUACAAUUACCAAUGACGACAAUAACUUGUGCAUUAAAAACUUAUCAUAAGUAUCAACAUUAUCUUGAUCAAGGUACGAAUAGAUGGCUUAUAGAAUCCGUGGAUUGGCGAUUUGAUGAGGAACUUAUAGCAAUAGCAUGUAUAUUAUUAGUUACAAAGAAUACAGAAUACUUUCAAGGAGUACGGAAGACCCUUAAUAUAGGUUGGAGUUUGAAAUAUCCAAAAUCUUCUCUUGAUGAAGACGACAUUAUGAAAGAUUCAGUCAAGAUAAUAAUGACAAAUAUUAAAAAUGCAAUUGGAAUUGAAAUACUUAGUAAUGAUACACCAUUUAAUUCUGCAUCAAGAAUACUCAAAUUUUUGAUUGAGAGAUCAGAACAAAACAUAAAUUCUGAUUAUACAUUAUGGACAAAACUUACACAAGAUGUUUGGGCGAUGAUUUCGAAUUGUUUGAGUUCAACUAAAAUAAUGAUAAAAUAUAAUUCUGAUGUAUUUGCUACUGCGGUUACUUACCUUUCUGCUUGUAAUAUUGGAGUUGAUCUUCAGGCACAUUUUGCUGAGUUUUGUAAAGAUGUGGGAAACAGUGAUCCAUUGACAGUUAAUGAUGCAAUCGUGGACAUGUUGGAAUUUAAAAUAAGUGUUGAUACCGUUGAAACUACUUUUGAUUCGAAUGUAUAA